AUGCUGCUAUACUUAGCUACUAUAGCUAGGUAUACUAAUAUUAUAAGGCUGCUUAUUGAGCUAGGAGCUAAUAAGAAGGCUGAGGAUGAUAAUAGUUGGAUACCGCUGCAACUUGCUGCUGUGAUUGGGCAUAAAGAUAUCUUUCUUGAGCUACGAGGCUUAGGACCACACUCGCCAGACGCUGCUGCACUCUGCCGCCGCAACCAGGCACGCAGAGCAGUAAUAUAA